CUUUCGCUUUAUAAUAUUAACAAAUUUUAUACAAUUCCGAACUAUAAGCUGGACGUUAUAGCGGGGUUGCAAAAAGAAGUCAGCCAGUCUUGGCCAAAAGGCGUCGUCAAUUAUUUUUUGGAUAAUCGGACUUACAGUCCGUUCGUCGACGGGCUUGUUCAUCGUGCAAUAAAAUUAAUUGAAUCAAAUUCGUGUGUUAAAUUCGAACUUUUACCGGAACAACCACCAAUAAACAAGACGUGGAUCCACAUUGUUAAUCCAAAUAACGAAAGAGAAUGUGUUCAUGAACCAAGAUUUAUGGAAAACGGAGAAAUCACAUUAGUGCUUGGCUACGAAUGUUUAUCUUUCGAAAACGUGCUUCACGCUUUGCUUCAUGGAAUCGGUUUUAAAGACGAAGUAACACAUCCUCAUCGGGACGAGUACAUAAGGGUGCUGUGGAAUAACAUUCAACCUAGAUAUCGCCAUCUUUACCGUAAACAGUCGGCUAUGGCUGAUGGCGCCAAUAUUGUGGAGUAUGACCCUUUAAGUAUAAUGCAAUUUCACGACCGAGCAUUUAGUGUGAAUGGAAGAGCGACUGUAAUUCCACUGGAACCUGGAUUAACGAUAUCCCCUUCGCACAGCUUAUCCCAACUGGAUCGAACGCGAUUACAAUUACACUUCAGCUUCGAAUGCAAUAAGAGAAUAGUUAGCGAUUUAUUGAAUACGUGCAAAGCGAGUUUAGGUGAGGUGAGAGAAAAGGUGAAAAAGUCCUAAUAAAAAAACAAGAUGAACGUUGAACGUUGAAGAGUGGAGUUGGAGAUGCUGUAAAAAUAGGCCGUCAGACAGAAAGACAAUAAAAAAUAUAGUUACACUUUUAUUUAAUAUAAUUUAAUUUUUUACGAGUGGUAAUCUUUAGCUGAUAAGGUUUAUUGGUAUAGGCCAUUGUUAAUAUCGUCUGCAUAUUUUUAGAUAAAUUACACAUAUCUGCUUCUAUUAAUAUAUCAAUAUAAUAAAAAAAAAUGUUGCACAGAUCAAUUACUUAGUUGGCUGUACAGAUUAAUUUAUAAAACACAUUUCACUUUUGAUUUAUUUCUCAUGCUACUAAUUUUCUAAAAAAAAAAGAGUCAUUUUCGUUUAUCGUUUAUAAUAAAUCACGUUAGCAGAGGAAAGAUUAAUUGUAAAAACAUACAAUUUGCAAUAAACCGCAAACCAUUUCGGUAGUAUCUAAUUAUUUAGGUUAGGUUAGCAAUAAUUUAAUUGAAAUGGACCGAUAGUGUUUCUUCGUCCAUAAUUCAUGUAUAAUAGAUUUAUUUUGAAAUAAAUACAA